AAGCUCUUGCAACAGCUUUCGCAGCAAACUUCAUUGUGAUCUGUCCAUAUUGAUUGGAAAAUUUGCAUUUUGGUGUAAAAUGGUGUUAGAUUUUUGGCCUGAAAUGCAAUAAAAUGACUCGGAAGUACCCCAAAAGUGUAGUUAGUCCGUAGUUGGGGAGUGUGGUGUGCAAAUUAGACAACUAGUCAAGUAAUUAAAGUGGAUUCUGUGUGGAUUUUUUGGUGUGAAAACUUCAGCAACGAGGCUGGGUGUUUUUUGGGAAAACCCCCCCAAAAUUCAUGGAAAAAUUGCACAAAAUUUGAGAAAAGGCAGCUAAAAACAUUAACGAAAUUGUAGAAAACCCCAUCGUUGGAGACAAGACGGAAAUAAGAAAUCAAGAUGAGUGAGUGGGAACCAUUAGCAGAAAUUUACUUAUCACAUCCACUUGCAAAAGACAAAGAAUUCUACACUUUCUGCCUCUGCAGUAGAGUUUUUAUAAAAAAUUACCAUGAUAUCUUUGCUUCAACGCUCGAAAAGGAAGAAAUAAGUGAGUGCGAUGAUGUUUUCAAUGAGCAAGACAUCAAUACGCACGUUCACUUCUCCCAGGAGACUCCCAAAUUAUCAAAUAAAAAUUCCCAAGAGGAUCAGGAUGCAGAUGCAAACUCCUGCUAUCACAGCGCCAGUGCAUCACAUACGGACAACUACUGCAGCACCGAUGAACACGAGCAUAUUUUCACGACAACAGCCACCGUGGGUCUCCAUUCGUCUGACAGUGGCGCUGAUCUCUCAGAAUACUACUUUGAACGCAUUAAAUCCACCCCACGCGCUACGGAAACAAUCCCAAUUCAGAAGUCGGCACACUCUUCUGUCUCCCACGAACCCGAAAGUGGUCACAGCGAACGGAAUUCAUUGCCGGAUGUCUUUGGAACGGAAGUAUUCAACGAGGCCUGGGAGAAGUUUUGGGCAACUGAGGGGGAACGCCUAAUUUGGGCAUCGUGGAUUGAAAAGUACAGCGACUACAUAAAUCCGGAAUACAAAAACAUUUUUCAGGACGUUGAGGAGGGGAAAAAGUUCAGCUUUGACCGUAUGGACGAUGAGGAGAUCCGAAACCUCACAGGAACUGAAAUUGUCAUAUCAACGUGUUCCCAGCCAAAGGAAGGGGACGAGGAAGCAGCGGGUGGAGCUCAAAUGGAAGAAGGAUGGAACCCCCUUUCGCCAACAAGUGUGGAUGACACUUGGAACACCUACCGAGCCACCACAUCGGAGGUGGACAACCUUCUGAGUCCCCGCUGUGAGAGUGUCACAUCCAGCAUCCCCCUGACUUUGGGUACAACGGAUUCCAUGACCAAUGUCACCCGUAUGACCAUCUCCAGCUACGAUUUCUGCAGCAGCCGUGUCAGUUCGGAGAGUUCCCAGCAAUCGGAUGGGGUUAGCUCACCGGGAGACGACAGCGAUGCCGUAUCGUCGGAAACGUCCUCAUCGCAAUUUUACGACACCACCAUUGAUCGCGGGGAGAAAUCCCAGGUUACAGACGACGCCACAAUGGAUGUGGAUUCGUACUGGCAGAUUCUCUGGCAAAAGCACUUCCAGGAGCAGUACGCGAAGCACUACAAUCUCUUCAUGGAGGAGAAGCGUGGUGAGCAGGAGAAUCCCAAACGGUGGAAUCUCAGCUGCAGCCUAUCGGCCGAAAAGGGGGGUUUCCGGAAGAAACGAACCGAGAAGGAGGAUGAAGAUCUCACAGCCCAGACGAAGAUUAACAAAAGGAAGCGUGGAAGGCGUCAGGAAUCGGAGAAUCUUCUGGGUCUUGUGGCAAAUCUCAAGAUUAAUCGUGCUGCUGGGGCAGAAGAUGCUGGUGGAGAGUCAUCAAAGGGAGGAGAAGGCGGAGGUGGUGGUGGUGAGACGAAGGAGAACGUUGAGGGAGUUUCUGAAGGAGAUUUAGCCGCCCUGGGGCUUCCGACAGCCUUUGGGCGCUCAAAGGGAGCCACAAAGAAGGGAAGUGGCGGUUCAGGAGACGGCCGGAAACCACCGAGUGAACGUAGCACAAACCUCAAGAGGAGCCACGAGAGUGAUCCGGAGGAAUCCAAUGUGGAUCGCAUAAAGGCUGCAUUUAGUCUCAUGGGGUAUGCAUUUGAGGACACCCAGAGUAAUCCCGAUAGUGCUGGGAAUGUCAACAUGAACGGUGAAGUGGUGUACCGGAAGAAGCACAUCAGGCUGCACAAUAGAGCACUAAAGAUGAAGAUGACAACACGCCCCAAACAUAUUUACUUCGACGAUGAAGGGAAUCAAGUUCCGGCUACGACUCAGCAUGCUCCGGAAGCUCCUGUGACGCUUCAUUCCUCAUCAGAUGAUGAUUCUCACACCGCUAUACUGCCCAGACAGAUGCCAACGACUGCAGCAAAGGUUCCGGGGCCUCCUAAUGAUGGGGAUGGGGAUCAAAAUAUGGAGCCGGAGGCAGAAGAGGGGGGAACAGCAAAGAAGGAGAAGAAGAAGAAGCGGAAGAGUAAGAUAGCUGCUGGACUACCCACGGAGAUUAUUAAUGACAAAUCAUUGCUCAAGUAUUGGUAUAAGCGCUUCUCUCUCUUCUCAAUGUUUGAUCAGGGGAUCCGGAUGGACAGAGAGAGCUGGUUCUCUGUGACUCCGGAAAAGGUAGCUGCCCACAUUGCUGAACGUUGUCGUUGCGAUCUACUUGUGGAUGGUUUCUGUGGCGUCGGAGGCAAUACCAUCCAAUUCGCCAUGACCUGUGCAAAGGUGAUUGCCAUUGAUAUUGAUCCGAAGAAAAUUGAAAUGGCAAAGCACAAUGCAGCUGUUUAUGGUGUUCAGGAUCGCAUUGAGUUCAUUGUGGGGGAUUUUGUGGCCAUGGCGGACACCCUGAAGGCAGAUGUUGUCUUCCUUAGUCCACCAUGGGGAGGUCCUCAGUAUUCAAAGGAGGAAACGUACGAUCUCGAGAAGUCUCUCAUUCCACUCCCGGCAUCGGAGUUGUUUGCAAAAUGCCAGAAAAUCACCGAGAAUAUUGCAAUGUUCUUACCCAGGAAUUCAAAUACCCAACAACUUUCAAUGCUUGCUGGGCCAGGAGGAGCCGUUGAGAUUGAACAGAACUUCCUGGAUCGCAAAUUUAUUGCACUGACUGCAUACUACGGCGAAUUAAUAAACGAAUAAAAGUGUAAUGAAUGGGUUUACCUUCUCAAAGAACUUUAAAAUGAUUUUCUUAAAUUAAAAAAAAAAUGGAGAAUGCCUAUUUUCCACAAAUUAGAUGAAUUUUUUAGACAAGAAGGAUCCAAAAAAGGAUCCUCCGGAGGCGAGUCAAUAUCAUUUAACAGCAAUUUUAUGUAAAUUUUAUUUAAAUAAAUUUUCUUACGAUUUUUUGCGAAGAAAA